AUGCGCAAUCCGAUUUGGGCUGUGACGCUGGCCUUGGCAAGCUGCAUGACGCAUCAAACCGUGGAAGCCGGCCCACCGGAGCCGUACCGAUCCGAGACUGAUUUGCAUACGCUGCAGCAGCGGUUUGUCGACCUGAGGUUCGGCAUGUUCAUCCACUACAACAUGGCGACCUAUCAAGACCGCGAAUGGGGCGAUCCCAAGGGACCAACCGAGGCCUUUGAUCCCACAAGGCUCGACACCGAUCAGUGGGCCGAGGCGGCGCGCUCCGCAGGCAUGACCUAUGGAUGCCUGACAACCAAACACCACGACGGUUUCUGCCUCUGGCCGACAGAGUCGGGCGGUGACAGCGUUCGUGACACGCCAAAGAAGAUCGACAUCGUCCGUGCCUAUGUCGAUUCGUUCCGCGCAAAGGGCCUGCGUGUCGGACUGUAUUACUCCAUUCUCGAUCUGAGGGGUGAUAUUCGUCACCACAACGUCGAACCGGCCGACAUCGAACGCAUCAAGUUCGAGCUGACCGAACUCCUCACCGACUACGGUCCGAUUGACUUCUUGAUCUUCGACGGGUGGGACGCUCCAUGGAGUCGAAUUACCUACGAGGAAGUCCCCUUCGACGACAUCUACAGGCACAUCAAGCGACUUCAACCCGACUGUCUCGUCGCCGAACUCAAUGCCGGAGUCUAUCCCUCAUCAGCUCUCUACUACAGCGAUAUCAAAGCCUACGAACAGAACGCAGGACAGAAUGUCCCGACGGACAGCCGCCUGCCGGCGCUUUCGUGCGUCACACUCAGCGACGGCUGGUUCUGGAAAUCGUGGGACAACAAGGCCGAAUUGAAGUCAGCCGAACAAGUCGUUGACGAGUGGCUUCUGCCGCUGAACGCACGGUUCUGCAAUUUGAUCUGCAACGCUGCGCCGAACUCCGAAGGUCGACUUUCACCGAAUCUCAUCUCGCGUUUGAAGGAGAUCGGCGAACGCAUCGCGUCCAAGGGCGAUCUGCCACCGAUGCCGCGCGCCACCCACGUGCCCGUGAUUACGGCGAAGAAUCUAGCGACCGGACGACCCAUCCGCGCCAGCGACUCCCCCGACACAAUGGGCCCCGAUCUCGCCAAUGACGGUUCGUUCGGCAGCACUUGGUAUCCCCCCAGCGGCCAGACCGACGGCUGGAUCGAGGUCGAUCUGGCGCCAAAGUCUGAAUUCAAUCGGGUCGUGUUCGUUGAGCCCGUAGGGCGAUGGGACGACUAUGCGCAAAGUCGUAUCGAGAGUUACAAGAUCGAAGGCCUUAAGGGAGGUGAGUGGACAGAAGUCGCCGCAGGAAAUUCGUCGGACCCCGUCCGAAUCGCCACCCUCACCCGUAGGCAGGCCGACCGCGUGCGCGUGUCAAUCAAGAACAAGUCCAAUCGCAACUCGGCACAUAUCUCAGAGAUCGGCAUCUACGAUGAGCCGGGUAAAGAAGAGCGCGAGCUGUUGAAGCUGAAGUCGCUGAACCUCAGCGACGCGAACGUGAAGGGGGGCUAUGUCCGCGGGGAGCGGUACCGCGUCGAAAUCGACGCGGAAGGGCAGGCAAUGCUCGCCCCGCUGCAAGGCGGGGCGAAGAAGCCCAUUCCCCACGCCGCCCCCGACCGCUUCGAGGUCUACCGCGAGGAGCGGCUCGGCCUAGCGGGUGACGACCGGGUUCGCUUCUGCCUCGGCGGGACCGCCCUCGACGGCAAACGGCGCAUCAGUAACGGACGGAUCGACGAGGUCGCCGGCUUCGACCGGGCGGGGAACUUCCGCCUCAAGAGCGGCCUAGUGGUCGCUAAGGACUACGGCCACCUUGAUUACGGCUUCGUCAUCACCAGCCCGACCCGCGCAGCUAGUGCGGAUAGCGCAAGGAUCGACAACACGGCC